GGAGAAGCGAGGCAAAGGCGUUCGACGGAAAGUAGAUGGGGGUACUAAACUACCAUCCAACUGGGUGUCAUUCCUGCGUGAUCCGUUAAACAAAGAAGAGUUGUUUCACUUCCUAUCGUUGAAGGUUGCUAGACAUAACUGGCCAGAGAGGAAGACAAUCCAUGUUACAUCAGGUAAACAUGCAACACAUAUGUCAGCUAUGAUAUUCAACCAAAUUAUGUUGUAGGCGUCAUACAACAAAGUUAAUUAACUAACAAAUCUUUUGAACAAGCAAGCCUCCUAAGUGUUCUUCUAAGACAUAAACGCACAUAAAAAAUGUUAACUACCGAAAUAAUUUUUCUCCAGGUACUUCUGUGAUUUCCAUUGGCUCUGCGACCGCAAUGACAGAUUGUACUCACGAAGAGGCGGAUACGAGGAUUGUGGUCCAUAUCCUUCAUGCCAUCCAAGUUGAAGAGGCAAAAACAGUCCUCGUCCGAACCGUGGAUACCGAUGUCCUAGUCAUCUUGGUGGGAAAGCUUCAUGACCUGAAAGAAGUCCAGCCGGAACUUGAUCUGUGGCUUGCCUUUGGUAUGGGUCGAAACUUUCGCUUCAUCAGCGUCAACUCCAUUUGUGCUAUUCUUGGUUAACCACGAUCUACUUCUCUGCCUGUAUUCCACGCAUUAACUGGAUGUGAUACCACCUCCGGCUUCUUCGUGAAAGGAAAGAAGUCGGCUUGGCAGGCAUGGGAGAUCUUUCCAGAGGUCACGCCCACAUUCGAAAUGCUUGCCAAGACGCCAUUUAUGCAACUUACGACAGACUCGCCCCUCUUCAAACAGAUCGAGAGAUACACGGUAAUCAUGUACGAUAAGCUCAGUCCCUUAUCUGAUAUCAACCUGACCCGGAUGGAGUUAUUCUGCAAGAACGGUAGAACAAUGGACAAGCUCUCGCCUACACAGGUAAAUAUUACUUGUUUCUUUAUCGUAAUUUUUCUAGGUUUCACCUAACAGGGGCGGACAUUAGGGGAAGGGCUCAAGGCUACCUAGCCCUUAAACUGGUACUAUUCACAACGAACCGUCUUUCUAUGAGACUAGUACCAACCUCUUCCUAACUAAUCCUUAAUAACAUCGACACUGUUGUUAUUUGCAGGAUGCCCUUUUGCAGCAUGUUCGUCGCGCCGUUUUCCAGGCCGGGAUCUGCACAGUCAGCGAUCAGCCACAGCCACAUGUGCCAUCACCAGGGCAGUUCUCGUGGUCUGAAGACGAUGGCAAAUGGGUUCCGAAAUGGAUCACCAUACUCGAAGUAUCCAAGGCUUGUAGUGAGCUCAUAAAAUGCUCUUGCAAAGGCGCGUGUACACGAUGCAAGUGUGCCAAGGCUUCCUUGGUAUGCACCCCCCUUUGCAGAUGCCUUUGCAGAUGCCUAAAAGUAACUGCAUGAAGGUUAAAUGAUAAUCUGAAGAGUUUCAGCGAUCGAUCAUUGUUUCCGUUAUGAAAAAAACAACUCUAUAUGGCGUUAAAGUUGAAAUUUGAUUAUUCUUACCGAGAAGGGACUGGGAACUAGUAUAUAUCUAAAAACCUUAUGUAAUAUAUAAAUGAUGUCUCAUAAUGAAAUAUGCGAAAAAACGAGUAAGCAUAAUGGUUUCAGUCAAUAAAUGUCACUACUGCAUUUCUUGUUAGCUGUUUUAGAUGAAAACUGCAAAACAACACAGUAGCCCAAUUCGUAAUUAAGGUAAAUUUUAUAAGACCCGUUAAUACUUGUACGGUGAAGAUUGCGUUGGGCUCCCCCUCUAAUAUUAAUCAGUAGGUCCUAAUGAACAUCUCUGCCAAAUUUGGCGCUUUUGUCACUUCUGUAACGCUCCGACCCAUAUUAAGUCAUAAGAGACCUGACUAAUGCCUUCAGAAGUAAUUUGGCCAAGUAAAGAUGCGUUUAGGUGUCCAAAAUUAACAUUUUCAACGACCAUAAUUUACACAAUAAGCUCUUUGUUCCAAAGUCAAACCGCCGAAGGAUCAAAGUUCAAAUUGCUGCGUCUUACCCAGAGUCGCCUGCGCUCCUUCGCCCAGCGGCUACGCUUGUGUUCAAAGAUCCGCCAUGUAAAGUGUAGUGAAAUGUAUCUCACUAAAGCCUCUGCUGUGCCUCUGCGGAGGAGAGACCCAGAGUCCUCUAAGCUCUGGCUUAUUAUGGCAAUUAUUAUGGUUUUACUUUUUAUGAAAAUGCUGAGAUCCAUGUGAUUGCGAUUCAUACUACAAUAUGGAGUCCGAAUAACAACAGAAACACCUGAUCGGUUGAAAUUAUUGUGUGUAUAAAAAAUUAUAUAGAAACUAUAACGAUUAAAAAUCGUAAUAUGCAUGUGCAUGCAUGGUGCAAUUUGUACUUAAUUCAAGAAUAUUGCAAGAUAAUCUGCAUUGAGGAAAUUAAUCAUUCCAUCAAUCAAGAAACGGUUAAUUAAUGUAUAUAUUUUCAAGAGAAAACGUCUUAUGAGUUAUGUUGAAAAAACGAGGUUCGCAUGCAGUUAGAGGAAAUAAGAAAACAGUUAUAAGAAAACAGUUAUAUGUGGAAUUUUAAGAAAACAGUUAUAUGUGGAAUCAUGGAUAAUAAAAUAAAUAUAGUUGUUUUACAAUCCAUGGUGGAAUUAACUAUAUUAUAUACGAAGUAUUUUUCUUCAGAAAUAAUUUUCUUAUUUUAAGAAAACGGAAUCUUAAAUCAAGAAAUAUUUUUUUAAGAAAUAAUUUUCUCAUUUUAAGAGAACAGUUAUCUUAAAACAAGAAGUAAUUUUUCUUGAGAAAUAAUUUUCUCAUUUUAGGAAAACAGUUUUCUUAAAUUAAGAAUAAUUUUUUUCUUAAGAAAUGAUUUUCUCAUUUUGAGAAAACAUUUUCUUAAAUUAAGAAAAGAAGUUUUCUUAAGAAAUAAGUUGAUCAUUUUAAGAAAAUAUUUUCUUAAAUUAAGAAAAUAAUUUUUCUUAAGAAAUUGAUUUUUUGCUGUGUAGUUCACUAACCUUAACAUCAAAAUUUUCGAUAAAUGUCAUAAGCUGCUUUGUCUCUUCUUUAUCUAAUUAUUUUAGAAUAUCCUGUGUAUUAUCACAAAGGGGUUUUCUAAACAUAUCGUUAAACUCUGCCGUAAUUUCCCUUGAAGAGUAGAAAUUAACCAAGGCUAUAAUAUCACAUGCAAGCUUUUCGUUCGCAGAUCGGCCGCCAGUUCUAUUUAAUCGUCUUACUAGUUUCUCUUUUGGACACUCUAUAAUCUUACUUUUACAGUAGUCCAAGAUCUUCUCCCUUCUUUUAUAAAGGUUUGCUGUUUUGUCUCUUGUUAAUAUACCCUUCACAUACUCAGUCGACUUUGCUGCAAUGUCUCUCUCGGUGUCUUCGAUAAAUUUUAAGAUUUCGCAAACUUCGUCGCUGUUUUGCCCUUCGUUAGCCACGUUUUCAACUAAUGAUAUAUCUGAUAUUUUUCCCCAAUCGUCAGAACCUAACUGUGACAGAGUUUCUGCCAGUUGGUGAGUGAGUGAGUGAGUGAGUGAGUGAGUGAGUGAGUGAGUGAGUGAGUGAGUGAGUGAGUGACCGACUGGUCUGACUGACUGAUAUAAUUAUUUUAACAGUUCCAGUGUUGACAUUGGCAGAGAUUAUAUCCGUUCACAAUGUUCAUUCUCAACUCGAGUGUUCAUUUAACUGCCUUAAAGAGCCAUCAUGUGUUGGAUUUAAAUACAAAUAUGGUACAAACAGUCCAUCAGUAAACUGUAAACUCAGCAACACUUCUGGCAAGAAUAACAAGGAAGUAUAUGAUGAUCAAGGCUGGGUGUUUUUUAUCGAUGUUCAGAAUAACCCGGUAUGUAGAAAUGAAUAG